AAGUAGUCGUCAUUUCCUGAUUGUGACCAGGAGGAAGAAACUGUGGGUAUGAAAGAGUGGAGGUUUAAAACCCUGGAGCAAAGCUGUUAACUGCAUAUUCUGGAGUCAAGAGAACAUUUUGAGUUACUACAAACAGCAAAACUGAAGGAAGAUCCUUGGAAGAGGUUUAGGGGGGCCACCAUGAUACCCCAAAUGCUGAUCCUGUUCUGCAUUGGGCUGUGUGUUGGCCAAGGAAACAUAAGAGGAGAUAGGUCACUUCCCAAGCCCUCUCUCGGUGCCUGGCCCAGCUCAGUGGUACCCGCCAGGAGUAACGUGAGACUGCGAUGCUGGACUCCUACCAAGGGUGUAAACUUUGUUCUCAGAAAGGGAGGAACUCCUUUGGAGUCCUUGCAGUCACCUGAUUCCACAGUGGUUCUGGGUGAAUUUCACCUCACUGAUCUAAGAAACAGUAACACUGGAGAGUAUACCUGUGAAUACCACAGAAGAGGGAACCCCCACAGGAGCUCACAGCCCAGUGAUAUUCUUUUACUGCUGGUGACAGGAGAUUCUCCUAAACCUUCCCUCCAAGCCCACCAAAGGGGUAAGGUGACCACAGGAGAAAAGGUGACCCUUACAUGCCAGCUGCCAGACAAUUUUUUGGGGCCUGUAAUGUUUGCUCUGCUGAAGGCAGGAAGUUCAAUGCCCAUCCAGCUCCAGGGUCCAGCAGGGAAGAAGACAGACUUCUCCCUUCAGAAUGUGACAGUCAAUGACACUGGGAACUACAGCUGUGUCUACUACCAGACAAGGGCUCCUUUCUGGGCCUCAGAGCCCAGUGAUCAUCUUGUGAUCUGGGUGACAGAAUUUCGUCUUCCGGAUAAAACGGAAGGAAAGCCUCCUGAGAUAGCAGGAACAAGACUAGGGACCACUGGAAUCAUCCUCAUUGUCAUCUUUGCCUUCCUCUUCCUCCUCGCAUCCUUCCUCAUCUACAAAUACACCCGGUGUGGGGCAGCUCCUAACAAGAAGAGCAUAAGCUCCUGCUCUUCUAAGAAACCUGAAGAAUUGGUGACAAGUAAUCAAUCUAGGAAAGAAAGUGGUGACGCAUCUACAGCUAUGAGGAGCUGCUCGCCUGACUUGGAUGAAGGAUUUCAGGCCUCAGGAGCUGAAGAACCCCAUGGAGUGACUUAUGUUGAGCUAGACACCAAAGCCCUACGUGAGGGCCCUUCCAGCCAGAGGAAGCAGCCUCUGGAAACCUGUGUGUACUCGGUCCUUAAGACAUAGCCAGGAGAAGAUCUGGAGCCUGGAAGAAAGAACUUCUGACAAGGGAAUGGACAAUGGAACAGAGGUCCCUUGGGGGACCAGGCAAAUGGGGAUCCCUUUCCUCAAAUUUCCAAUAAAGACUUGUUUCCUUCUUUUAAAAAAUUA